AUGGCUGAAUCCCAGAUUGGUGAUGAACUCCCAUACCGUCGCGUGUGGUUAGACUCGAGAGAGUUUGAGGACGACCUGAAAGCCUACGCCGCUAACGGCCUCGAUGACGAGCUAAGGGCUAGAAGCAACGUCGCCUUUGCGGAGGAGUACUAUAAGCAGCCAGUGAGGAAAGGUUGGGCCUCUCUCAUCCUAUCGUUCUGGCUGCCCACAGUGCUCCAUAUUACGGGGACAUGCACCUCGGACGUCUUCAUUAAAAGCGUUCAGCAGAGGGACGUUGCGCCCCUUAUUCUUCUCGUCUUGGGCAUGGUAAUGACCUCCUUCUCGCUGUGGUACCAGCGGGAAGAUAAUCAUAAGCCAGGUGUAGGAGUAAAGUUUCUUCACGGCCUUGGCUCACUAGUUGUUACUGGAUUAAAUGCUGCAUUAGCAGCAUAUAUUCUUGGCACAGCUAGGGGGAAGCCAGACCUUCGAGCCGCCAUAUCAUCUAUAGUUAUGGCUAUUCUUCCUGCUGCUCCUGAAAGGGGUAGCUGGUAG